AUGGCAGACCAAGCAAAGCCGCGAAUUAUCCUAGGCCUCAUGGUUAUUGGACCCGAGGGAAGUCCGGGAGCACGUAUGACAAGUCUUGAUGACUUCAAACAGGCUCUCGACAUCUUCCAAGAUCGCGGGUAUAAUGAGCUUGACACAGCACGUGUGUAUAUCGGUGGGGAGCAGGAGUCAUUCACGAGAAAAGCUGGUUGGAAGGAGAGAGGCUUAAGCAUGGGCACGAAAAUAUGGCCGCUUCCCGUAGGGUCUCACGCACCAGGGCCGUUGAAAGAGACUUUCGAGACCAGUUUGAAAGAGCUUGGGACCGACUCGGUAGACAUCCUCUACCUUCACUCUCCGGACCGCUCAGUUCCAUUCUCAACUACACUCGCAGCGAUAAACGAGCUGCAUAAAGCGGGAAAGUUCUCCAGACUUGGCCUAAGCAACUAUACCUCUUUCGAGGUCGCCGAAAUCGUCAUGACGUGCCAGCACAACGGUUGGGUACGCCCCACAGUCUACCAAGCGAUCUACAACUGUUUGUUUAGAACGAUUGAAGCCGAGCUGAUCCCGACGUGCCGCCGGUACGGCAUCGCCGUCGACGCCUACAGCCCAACGGGAGGUGGCUUCCUGCUAGGCAAAAUAACGACCAAAGAUGACGACCCGAAGGAAGGGAGAUUCGCUGCUGGUCCAUUUCAACACCUGACGCGUGGACGAUACUUUCGAGACGGCAUCAUUGAAGGCGCACGCCUGAUUCGUGAAGCGGCUGAAUCACGGGGCCUAAGUCCACUCGAGUUAGCCGUGCGUUGGUUAGUACACCAUUCACAGUUACAAGUCAAAGGUGGGCACGACGGGAUCGUGAUCGGCUUCUCCAACUUGCAACAGUUAAGGGAUAAUCUCGACUACCUUGAAAAAGGGCCACUAGAUAAAGAGAUACUUGCAGUGUUAGAAAAGGCUUGGCAGCUGUCUAAAGGGGAUAUGGAGGCGUAUUGGCAAUUCCCAAUGGAGUACGCCUAUGAUACCAAAGAAGUGCUUUUUGGGCCGGAGCGCAGUCAGUGA